GGCGGCUCGCCGAGGUCGCGGCUCGACAUCGCUGGACGGGAAGGUGGUGGAUGUGCCGGUGGUAAAAAGAGCGCAGGCGGUUCUAGAACUGGCUGAAUCUAUGAGGGACAGUGGCUGACUCGGCACGCUGAAAGAAAUAAGAGAUAAAUAGGACGCAGAAAUGGGAGAUUCAUCUAACAGACAGACCGACAAGAUCCUGCUGAAGGGGCUUGCAUUUUAUGGGCAUCAUGGUGUGAGUCCGCACGAGAAGGCGCUGGGGCAGCGUUUCAUUGUGGAUGUAACGAUGGAAUGCGAUGCACGCGCCGCCGGCCUUUCCGACGACCUGGCGGAUGCGGUGGACUAUGUUCCCGCCUACGAAAUCGUGAAAGCAGUUAUGGAAGGCGAAAGCAAAGACUUGAUAGAGAGCGUUGCAGAGGAUAUCGCAGGGCAGAUUCUCGAGACACUUAAUGGGUAUGAGGUUGGGGUAGCUUGUCAUGAAACUGACGAACCGGCGGUCUGGAACGACGGUGAUGGAAUCGCCAACGAAAAGCGCCCCCUUGCCGUCCGCUCCGUCUGCCCAAUGCAGCACCGCGCUGCCUUCAAAGUGACCGCCACACUGGAUCAGGGUUGCGCCGGGCAUUACCUCAAGGGGCUGUCCGUCCCAGUAUUGGAUGUUCGCGUGCGGGCGCAUUACGUGUUCGCGGUCGGCUUCCGGAACGAUGAUGGUCGCGUCGUCGAACGCAAGGCUCCACGAAACCAUGCUGUCGUAGAAGUGCGGGUGCGAAAAGCAGAUAGCCUGUAUACCGCCACGCGCCUGUAUGGCUGCGAUUGCGCUGUCGUCGAGCAGGCUGAUGCAGUCGUAGAGUACAUUGCCGGCAGGCGUCUGCAGCAGCAGGGCGCGCUGUCCAAUAGAGAACGAAGGCACUAUGCCGAUACCGGUAAGACCGGGUUCAAGGUCCCGGACUUCAUUGGCGUAACCUUGCGCCUUCAGCUCAUCCAUCGUGGUCCACUGCUGUCCGUCCCAGCCGAUGUACUGGCGCGGGUCAUCGCAAUGGGGCAAUUCGGCGGAGGCGUCUCACUCUCGGUGAAUUCGACGCCGCAUGUCUUGCAGAUAUAG